GGAGCGCUCAGAAGACUGAGGAGCAUAGCAGUGAAUCUCUAGUGUUAUCACAAUGGCUGUGCUUUGGGUGUUGUCUUUGAGGAUGUUGUGGAUUUCAUGCCUGUUGAUCAGCAGUGUAACUUGUCUCCCUGCACGGAAAGACUACGGCAGUCCUUACCCCGGUGGCUUUGGCAGUCCUUACCCCGGUGGCUUUGGCAGUCCUUACCCCGGUGGCUUUGGCAGUCCUGCAGCUGCUGGCGUCUCCGGAAGUCCUGCAGCCGCUGGUGGUUUCGGCAGUCCUGCAGCCGCUGGAGGCUCCGGCAGUCCUGCGCCCGGCGGUUACAUGCACUGGUCUUCUGCCUCAAGCUUCCCAAGAGAGUUCCACACUGCAUUGGGAGCCAAUGUCGACCUAGAACCCACUGGGAAUGAUGCUAGUGGAGUUAUUUCUGGGUCUGGUAACACAGGUGGAGGCUCGAUUGGCACUGGAUUGUCUUCCUCCAACUCCGGGUCCACAGGUGGUGAAGAUGGCUUUGUUGAGGAUGAACGCCCUCAGCCUGUGUUCAGUAACAUGUCAAACAUGGAACCAGUCUACACAUUGAGAUCUCGCUCGGGCUACCGGAAUGGAAGACGCCAUUUCUCCAAAACCCGCUACACUCCUGGAGAGAUGGUGUUUCCUCCUAGGCCGGUUGUCGAGCGCAUCCCUAACAAACUCGUCAACGCUUCACCCAAAGGCGGCCAGUGAGCAUCUUGAAAGAUUUACCCUGACUGGACACAUCCUGAAAGAACAAUAAAGUUGUGCUUCUCAUCUGGUCUUCCGUUAAGUCUUUCUCCAAUGUCACCGUUCAGGUUGCGGCUUCUCCUUUUAGUGUGUGUAUUAACAAAUGUUUGCUCCAAUAGCGUUAGUCACACAACAUUUUGGGCACUCUCAAAUGCUCUUGGAGCUUUAUUGUACAUAUCACUAUGUA